UUUGCCGGGAAGGUCACGCGAAAAUGCACUAAUUUAUGUUUGGUCAGUCAGACGGAAGACUUCUUGUUGGGCGGAGAAAUUGAGGCGUAUUGUGUGCGCUCCAGUUGAUUUACAAACGUUAUCAAACAGACGGAACAAGACGAGAAGCAAAACCAAAAACUAUUAGAAAGUGUAGCUUAGUGUGUAGUUUUAGUGAAAUCUCUUCGUUUAGUGUUCUGUGUUUUAACUUUCGCGAGUUCAAAUAAACGAUAGCGAAGAUGGAUAAUUCUGGGGAUUUGGUGGCCAUAAAUGAAUCCAGCUGAGCUGAACUACCAACCGGUGGCAUCUUUUGAAAAGCACGAGCAGGAACCGUUAAACCGAAGAAUGGAGAAGGAAGCUCCUCCGAGUGUAUCCGAGCCAGGAUCCGCCAUGCGGCAGUUCACGGCCGGUCUAGUCGUAAAUAUUGCAUCAAUCGCAUUAGGAUGCUGUUUAGGAUGGACUUCUCCGAUGACGCCCGUGCUAGAUAGAAACAGUACAAUCACGAGUCCUCUGGACGUAGCACCAACCGUAGACGAGAAAUCAUGGAUCGGUUCCCUAGUGGCUCUUGGCGCCCUUAUUGCUCCCUUCGUUGCGGGACCGUUGGCCGGCAUGAUUGGCCGCAGGUGGACGCUUCUUGCUAGUUCGAUAUUUUUCGUCGUCAGCUGGAUUAUGCUGCUAACGGUGAGCAGUGUUGCCGUCAUCUUGGCCGCUCGAUUGAUUCAAGGAUUCGGAGUCGGUUUCGUUAUGACCGUGCAGCCGAUGUACAUCGGAGAGAUUGCCAGCAAUGAGUACCGAGGGGCCCUGGGUUCUCUGAUGCAGCUGUGCAUUGUGGCUGGAAUUCUGUACGUGUAUGCGAUUGGACCAUACGUUAGCUACUACGCCUUGCAGUGGGCCUGUCUGGCAUUGCCCAUAGUUUUUGCCGCGGCAUUUUUCUUCAUGCCGGAAACUCCAGCUUACCUGAUCUCCAAGGGAGACUCGACGAAGGCCUCGGAAUCGCUGCAAUGGCUGCGAGGCAAAUCGUCCGCCGGGGUUCAGGAAGAACUGACUGAAACCACUCAGACCGUUCAGGAUGCCCUCAGCAACAAGGCCAGCGUGAUGGAUCUGUUCAAAAGUCGUGGCAAUUUGAAGGCCCUGAUCAUCUGCUGCGGGUUGAUCUCGUUCCAGCAGCUGUCCGGUAUCAACGUUAUCCUGUUCUACAGUCAAACUAUUUUCGCCAAAACCGGAAGCAGCAUGUCACCUGCCAUUUCAACAAUUCUGGUCGGUAUAGUCCAGGUGGUGGCUAGUGCUGCAACGCCUCUGAUAGUCGAUCGCCUCGGUCGUAAACCAAUUCUGUUGGUUUCUGCUGCUGGAAUGUGUCUUGCACAUGGCACUAUGGGUCUGUACUUCUACAUGGACCACAUCAAGUCGGAUGCAGUGGAAUCGAUCAGCUGGCUGCCUAUAUUCUCCCUCAUCUUCUUCGUGACCGUUUAUUGUAUUGGCUUUGGCCCGCUCCCGUGGGCUGUACUUGGUGAAAUGUUCCCGGCCAAUGUCAAAUCAAUUGCGGCGUCCAUCGUCGCAUCGACCUGUUGGGUGCUGGGAUUCUUGGUGCUACAAUUCUUCUCAACUCUGGACGAAGCUGUUGGAUCACAUUUCUCGUUCUGGAUCUUCGGAAUUUGCUGUGCUGUUGCCUUCACCUUUACGUUGCUCCAAAUGAUGGAGACCAAGGGAAUGAGCUUGCAGGAAAUUCAGAACAAACUCAAUUCAUAAACACCAAACUGCACGUUAUUAUGAUACAAAUAAUCAAUUCUAAAUAAUUUCAAUCUAUCGUACACAAUACUUCGCUAUCAAAUGCAUAAAACUUGGACUUAGUUCCUAAAAUUAGUGUUUAGUUGAAAACGAUCCAGAAGUGGUUUUUGGUUGAAAUACUCAACUUUUUCCUUUAAAUUUAUUAAACCACAAAAUUAACCAUUUCAGCUAUAAAAAUUGGAACUGUUAACCAUACUUGCUGUGUAUUUGCCAACCAUAUGUUUGUUUUCUUAAUAUUGUUAAUGUUAUGUAUCUUAGAAUAAUUCAAUUGUUUGUUAGAUGACUGUUGAAUUGUGGAAUAUUUUAAGUAAAGUAACCUAAGAUUAGAUGACAAUUUCAAGAAUGAGAAUUGAAUUAAUACACAAAAUUUAAUAAAAAAUAGAUGAUUGGCGCAAAUCUCACUAGAUUCCUGUAUGGCCCAGUAAUUUCAGCCAAACGGUAGUAGUAAAGGUAGCGAUAUAAUCCGUAACUUUGAAAUGAUUUUUAAUAGUAAACUAACCUACUCUAUGAUUUAAUGAGUCAAUAAGUUUAUGAAACAUAGUUAUCAAAUAAAUUACUAUUUUUCGCAAAAAUGCUGCUUGAAUUGAGAAUGGCGGAUUGUAUGGCGGAUUAUUCAGAAGGGUGAAAAUAAGAAACCUACUGAAAUAUCAUAAGUGUAAAUCAUUUAUGUCGAAUCCGCCGGUGAACUCGUAGUCGCAAAUCAACUGACGCACUCAGUGCUCUUGUUCGUGCACGAUUUAAUUUAAAACUCAAUUAUAGGUUUUUUGUGACCAGUUUCA